CACAUAAUGAAGUUAUCCCGACGUCUUCACAUCAUCAACAAAUACAAAGCGUUUUCUCCUUCGAAUCUCUUGUCAUUGCCAAGAACCUCCUCGAAAAUCCUCGAAUCGAUGGGUGCCCUUUCGGGACGAGCUCAGAUUCCGAUGAUGAACCUCUCGUUCUCGUCCGCCGACAAAUCCCCUGUUUUCCUUUCGUCCUUCUUCAAGAUCGCAAGUUCAGAUAGUUAUGGGGUCUCUUCGAAAUGCAGCGCGUUUCUAAGGGGCCAAUUCCGGAUAAAACGGUUCCUCCGGGUUCGGCAAACACGGGCUUCAACAGUACGAGCAGGGAAUGUGAUUUCGCCGAGCUGCGUUCUUCCAUUGACGGAAGAAAACGUGGAGAGAAUACUGGACGAAGUCCGGCCGUCGCUAAUGGCUGACGGAGGAAAUGUCGCUUUACACGAAAUAGACGGACUUGUCGUCGUUCUAAAGCUACAAGGAGCUUGCGGGUCGUGUCCAAGCUCGGCCAUGACCCUUAGAAUGGGGAUAGAGACCCGUCUCCGCGACAAAAUACCCGAAAUCAUGGCCGUCGAGCAGAUUCUAGACACCGAGACAGGGUUAGACCUGAACGAGGAAAAUGUCGAAAAGGUUCUGUCCGAGAUACGACCGUAUCUAGCCGGGACCGGAGGUGGGGAGCUGGAGUUGGUUGGGAUCGAUGGUUACGUGGUGAAGGUUCGGCUCGGCGGUCCAGCCGCCGGAGUGAUGACCGUUCGUGUGGCUUUGACGCAGAAGCUUAGGGAAAAGAUUCCUGCCAUUGGAGCAGUUCAACUUCUAGAUUGAUUCAUAUACACUCUUAUAUCACCACUACAUUCCCUUUUUUUUUCUCAUGCAUACAAAAAAAAAAUUCACAGAUCAUGUACCAAGCUAUAUGUUAUCAUCAUCCACAUAAGUUUGAUUCUUAGUUACUAGUAGUCA